CAGGUCCCGACCGCGAGGACGCUGACCGCCGCCAUGGACCGCAUCGAGGGGGCGGCGGUGGGCCCCUGCGCCAGCUCGCCCUACCUGAGGCCGUUUACGCUGCACUACCGCCAGAAUGGUGUCCGGAAGUCCUGGGACUUUAUGAAGACAUAUGACAGUGUGACCGUGCUCAUGUUCAACGCUUCUCGAAGGAGCCUGGUGCUGGUGAAGCAGUUCCGGCCAGCCGUGUAUGCGAGUGAGGUGCAGCGCCCCUUCCCCGAGGCCUUGGCCGCCCCAGCCCAGGGUGGGCUUCAGGAGCUGCCGCUGGCACUGCUCAGCUCUGUGGGGGUGACGGUGGAGCUGUGCACCAGCCUGGACCAGCCGGGACUCCCGCCGGAGCAAGUAGCCUGCAAGGAGGCUUUGGAGGAGUGUGGCUACCACCUAGCCCCCUCUGACCUUCGCCAGGUGGCCACGUACAGGGCUGGAGUGGGACUGACUGGCUCCAGGCAGACCAUGUUCUACGCUGCGGUGACAGACGCCCAGCGCAAGGGACUGGGUGGAGGUGUGGCGGAGGAGAGUGAGCUCAUUGAAGUUCUGCAUCUGCCUUUGGGUGCCCAGACCUUUGCGAAUGACCCCGACGUCCCCAAGACACUUGGCGUUAUAUUUGCCAUCUCUUGGUUCUUCAGCCAGAUAGCCCCUGACCUGGGUCUCCAGCGAGACCUGGAGGUCCUUCCUGCCCAGUUGCCCUCCACCUUGCAGAACCAAUAAA